AUACGAGAGGGAGAGAGAGGAGGGAGAGGGACAGAUGGGGAGGGGGAGAGGGAGGACGAAGGAGGAGGGCAGAAAAUACUAGAGCGAGGGAGGGAGGGAGGAAGAGAGCGGGAGGCAGAGAAAGAGAGAGAGAUGGGGAGAGUGUAAGCAGUGAUGAUGAUGCUGCCUGCUGCUGCGUGUGGGUUUGUUUACCUGCUGCUCUGCUGUGAGGAGACAGAAUCCACCGCCAGGCCCAUCACUCGCUACGCAGACUGUCAUCUUACCCUAUAGACGAGGAACAGAGCUGAGCUGUUAGGAUCAGAGAUGUACUAGUCUGUCUGUACAUCAGUAGCAUGCGGCCGGAUGUGGAUUAGCCCUUCUACAGGCAUCCGCUGUGCUGUGUCACUCGCCACCAUGCUGCUUCAUUUAGUAGCGGCUAUGCUAAUGCUACUAUCUACAGGUUGCCUGUAGCAUUCACUGGAUAAAGGUAGGGAAAUGUUCUGGGAUUUUAAGCCUAGUCUAUGUAUUGUAUCUGACUUAUGUGCUGACUGGACUGUAGCCAUUUUGCGAAGGCUACUACUUAGCAUCCCUUCUUAUACUCUGUCUGUAGAAUUAGGCACUGCUCUAACCCCCUAUGGUGGUUUUGGCUGGGGUGAGGAGCUCAGAUGGGCCGUUGACAGGGAAUAAAUAAUACCCAGCGUCCUCUGCAUGCUGUUCUAAACGGCCGCCCUCGUCAGCCAUAAUGAGUGAGUCCUCUUCAGACUGCCUAUGAAGGAGGAAUCUAAUGGUAGAAACAUGCAUUUAUCAUAGCGUGGGUUUAUCUAUUGAUUUUAAAUAGGAAAACAGCUCCUUGCUGCUCUGUGGCAAUGUUUAUCUAGUCUUUGUUGCAGUGUUCAGUGUUUGUGUGUUAACUCCCACUAGUGAGAUUAUAGGCCUGGCUUCUCGGCUACGCCAACAUUGGGUUGAAUCGGAUUGGUUAGCGCUGAACAGUAACAAAAGCCUACACUCACUGGGUCCCCACGAACAGGCUUGAAGAACACUGGUCAAUGCCAACAUUCGAUAACGUGACUAAUGUCAGCUAUCUGAAGACAUUUUUGGACUGUCAGUUAAAUUGGGGAUGUGUUUCUUCCUUAAAGUAGACUCAGUGAAAUGACGUUGCAACAAGCAGCACCGGAGAUAUUGAGUUGGGCGAGAUGUAACACCUUUGCUGUCACACACAGUAUCACACACAGCGUGGUAGCCAGGGGAUCAAAACAGUGGAGAAGUUGAGCCUCGCACUUCAACACUCUUAGUUGUUGCGGAAAUAAUAUAACGGUUAUUGUGUUUUCACUUUGUAAAUGUUUGUCACGUCCCGCUCAUCCCAUUGAGUUAGGUAUUCAGGAUAAAGUCAAAAGUGACACGGACGUUUAAUCAUAACGGUUCAGAGUAUUUCCAUGGUAAUGGAAUUAUGCUGAAACUCCGAUUUAUCACUUUUAGAAAAAUGUAUACCAAACAAAAAAACAUUGAUUUCAACAUUUAAUAAACCAUAGAAUGUUAUGCACAAAGACUACUUUAAAACAUUUUUACUGAACAUUUUACAAAAACACAUUAACAGGAUGAACUGUGCAGGUACAAAGUUUGGUAACAGAAUAAAACUGAGGGAGAUUUUACCGUAAUUACCAAACCUUGCAUCUGCUGUUUUUCAUUUUACAUUUACAUUUUAGUCAUUUAGCAGACGCUCUUAUCCAGAGCGACUUACAGUUAGUGAGUGCAUACAUUAUUUUUCAUACUGGCCCCCCGUGGGAAUCGAACCCACAACCCUGGCGUUUACCAACUGAGCUACAUCCCUGCCGGCCAUUCCCUCCCCUACCCUGGACGACGCUGGGCCAAUUGUGCGCCGCCCCAUGGGUCUCCCGGUCGCGGCCGGCAACGACAGAGCCUGGAUACGAACCAGGAUCUCUAGUAGCACAGCUAGCGCUUUAGUAUUUUAUUUAUUUAUUUACUGUGUAAAUUGUUCAAAGUAGUCAUUGUGCAUAGAUUUGUAUGGUUUGUUAAACUUUGAAAUCAGUGGUUGUUGUUUGGCAUUAAUUUUAAAGUCUCACCGUGGAAUUACCCUUCACUGACUUUGAGUCUCUCUCUGAAGUUCUUCUUUGGGUUCCUAUGAAAUGAUGUAAUAUUGAAGUCCUCUUAAUCUGAACCAAGGAACAUGUCUGACCACUUCCCUCAAUGUGAACAUUUCCUGAUUGCAGUUCAGGAAGUGAGGUAAACCGAAGGAAAUAUGCAAGACUGUACAUUUUGCCCAGCUGUGAGACACUGAACGUGAAUAAGCUGUUGAUGUUCAAAGCUCAGUCAAACAUCGUCACACAAUAGGCACGUCAUUUAUCUCAUAGGGACUUCCUGGUUUAAAUCAAUUAGACAAAUAAUGGCAAAAUAAAGCAUAAGAUAGAAUAAGAUCAUUCUGUCCAACUCAGGGCCUCUUCCUCAGUUGUGUAUUGAUGUGUGAGAACAGUAACAGCACUGACAAGCAUGCAUCACGUGCCUCAAACACUGAGGACAAACAGUAAUCUCAGUCCUCUUUGCCAGCCUAGAAUAGUAAUGAUAUUAGGUCAACAGCUUAAUUUGGGGAAAGCAUGGCUGAGUCGUACGCUUACCUGACUUGACUGAUGUGGAGGCUAGAUGUGUGGGUAGACUACAGUACUGUAGAUGGCAAGUGUUGCUCUCCUCUCACUGGUUAUGUCAUCAUGAUAGUUAACCAAUCAGCCUGCUAGCUGGUCGUGGCUCCACAUGGUUGCAGCCAGUGCUGACUCUCUCACUGGCAUACUAAUGAUGCUACUGCAUAUUGUAGGCCUAUAUCAUCACAUGUUCUAGAUUGAUUUGUCAAAGCACAGUAGCUGCUUUCAGUGAGUUGUCUCUACACUUUGAAGGUCUGCACCAAAAUAAUGGUGUCAGUCUCCGAGUGUACAGUGUAUGAUGGAAGAUGACAAGCAGUUAUUUUGAAAUGUUACUAGCAUGUUUUAGGCUUGUGGCACUGUUAGUUACACGUAUAGAAUGAGUCACAUGGACCAUGGUUUAGUUUUCCCCUUGGGCUGGGCUGAGUGUGGCUGUGUGAGCUUGUGAGAGAGAGCGAGACUCACACAAACAGAAGAAGGAACAGGUGAUUCAGAUUAGAGCGUGAAUCAUUUCUUUAGAAGUUCAGAGCAGCUGUAACCCUUUCAUAUGAAAAUUAGCAUCUCCCGACCCCCUACAUGUUUUAUCUGACACACACGCAUACACACACACUAGGGCUGACCCCAAUUAGUCGACUGGUUGAUUGUUUGGUUGUUAGGCUGUUGGUCGACCAAGAUUGUUUUAGUCGAGCAGUAACAAAUAUAUAUAUAUAUAUGCGCCCAUCUCAGUGAGCCAUUGUGGAGGCCUAGACUAAAAGCCAAUUUAUGCUUGAUCUGAAAAUUUGGUUGGAGGCUCCAUAUGGAGGGUGUGACGCAAUUGCGGAGCCUCCAGAGGCAUGCAGAGGCCAAAUCGAGCUCCAUACCGCAUUGCCAUGCGCCUCCCAAAUGUUGUAACAAUGCGGAGGGCUCUGUGUAGCUCCGCAUUGACAUGAUUGGUUGACGGUAGGUGGGGGCGGUACAUCCUGUAGAAAACACAAACUCACUUCCUUGACAACAGCUCUGCACUGCUCCCCAAAGUGCAAGAAGUAUGAAUGCCCUGACUUCUGCUGAGGCCAUAUCACCGUAAAUGCUGCAUGGCCAAUGCAGACGUGGGAUUGACCAUGCGCCCAGAUGCACAAUGCACUUCACUCUCCAGAAUGCACUCUCUCCCGCCAAUUUGUGCACAUUCAUUGUUUCAUAACUUAAUUGUGUAAAUUGUUUGCAUAUGAUUGGUAGUGUAUAUCAAUUCCCCAUUACAUAUAUCACCAGUAGUACAUUUACCGUUAAUUCCAAUCGUUUCUAAUCUACAAUGUUUGUUGCUUUGGUUAUGGUAAUUUCUGUUAAUGCAUUCAAUAUUAUUAUUCCAGCCUUCUCGUUGUCAUUGUUGGAGUGGACACAUUGUUUGCAGAGUGCGCAUCCUAUGCUACACUUGUGAGAAACAAGUUUUGGUUUAUUUCAUUCCAUUUAUGAGUUUUGUCAAAAUAGUCAUUGUCUUUUGUUUGGAGCGCUCCUGUCAAUGUAGAUUAUUUAAUAUUUUUAACCUUUAUUUAACCAGGUAAGCCAGUUGAGAACAAGUUCUCAUUUACAACUGCGACCUGGCCAAGAUAAAGCAAAGCAGUGCGAUUAAAAACAACAACAUAGAGUUACAUAUGGGGUAAAACAAAACAUAAAAUAUAUAUACAGUGUGUGCAAAUGUAGCAAGUUAUGGAUGUAAGGCAAUAAAUAGGCCAUAGUACAAAAUAAUUACAAUUAGUAUUAACACUGGAAUGAUAGAUGUGCAAGAGAUGAUGUGCAAAUAGAGAUACUGGGGUGCAAAUGAGCAAAAUAAAUAACAAUAUGGGGAUGAGGUAGUUGGGUGGGCUAAUUUCAGAUGGGCUGUGUACAGGUGCAGUGAUCGGUAAGGUGCUCUGACAACUGAUGCUUAAAGUUAGUGAGGGAGAUAAGAGUCUCCAGCUUCAGAGAUUUUUGCAGUUCGUUCCAGUCAUUGGCAGCAUAGAACUGGAAGGAAUGGCGGGCAAAGGAGGUGUUGGCUUUGGGGAUGACCAGUGAGAUAUACCUGCUGGAGCGCAUACUACGGGUGGGUGUUGCUAUGGUGACCAAUGAGCUAAGAUAAGGCGGGGAUUUGCCUAGCCGUGAUUUAUUUGUUGGCCUGGAGCCAAUGGGUUUGGCGACGAAUAUGUAGUGAGGACAAGCCAACAAGAGCGUACAGGUCACAGUGGUGGGUAGUAUAUGGGGCUUUGGUGACAAAACGGAUGGCACUGUGAUAGACUACAUCCAAUUUGCUGAGUAGAGUGUUGGAGGCUAUUUUGUAAAUGACAUCGCCCAUUCCUCAGCUACUCGCUUAAGUUCAGUGGCCAUUCGCACCAUGGUUGCUAAGCGACCAAGCGUUAGUCCUUCCUCCUCAUCUCUCGUGUCCUCUUCUCCCUCUUCUCUUUCAUCGUCGCUUUGUGGCUUUGUCAUUUACCUUCCCUUAGCAUGUCCAGAAGUUUAACUUUAUCUGAGAUAGGUAGCAUCUUCCGCCGUUUGGGCCCAUCCGCAGGUGCUUUUGUCGGUCCAGGCCGUUUCGUCGACAUUAUGGGUUUAGGAGAUGUUCGAAAUUACAAGAUAAUUUGGCCAACUUAAUGUAAAUUUGCCAAGCUGUUUUAUGUACGUACACAUAACUGCACGAGACGACAAAAUGAUAGCACAAUUCGUAGCAUGUUUUGAUACAAGAAGCGGGAGUGAGUUUUUAGCGAAUCAGAAUGCAGAGCACAAUGCACCAAAAAAAAAAAAAUGCAUUAUGAAAAUCCGCGAAAUAGCGAAUCCGCGAUAAGUGAACCGCGAAUAGUCAAGGAUCGGUAGGAUACUCAGUUUUACGAGGGCAUGUUUGGCAGCAUGAGUGAAGGAGGCUUUGUUGCGAAAUAGGAAGCUGAUUCUAGAUUUAACUUUGGAUUGUAGAUUCUUAAUGUGAGUCUGGAAGGAGAGUUUACAGUCUAACCAGACACCUAGGUAUUUGUAGUUGUCCACAUACUCUAGGUCAGACCCGUCGAGAGUAGUGAUUCUAGUCGGGUGGGCGGGUGCCAGCAGUGUUCGAUUGAAGAGCAUGCAUUUAGUUUUACUAGUGUUUAAGAGCAGUUGGAGGCUACUGAAGGAGUGUUGUAUGGCAUUGAAGCUCGUUUGGAGGUUUGUUAACACAGUGUCCAAUGAAGGGCCAGAUGUAUACAAAAUGGUGUCGUCUGCAUAGAGGUGGAUCUGAGAGUCACCAGCAGCAAGAGCGACAUCAUUGAUAUACACGGAGAAAAGAGUCGGCCCAAGAAUUGAACCCUGUGGCACCCCCAUAGAGAAUGCCAUAGGUCCAGACAACAGGCCCUCCGAUUUGACACAUUGAACUCUAUCUGAGAAGUAGUUGGUGAACCAGGCAAGGCAGUCAUUUGAGAAACCAAGACUAUUUAGUCUGCCAAUAAGAAUGCGGUGGUUGACAGAGUCGAAAGCCUUGGCCAGGUCGAUGAAGACGGCUGCACAGUACUGUCUAUUAUCGAUUGCGGUUAUAAUAUCGUUUAGGACCUUGAGCGUGGCUGAGGUGCACCCAUGACCAGCUCGGAAACCGGAUUGCAUAGCGGAGAAGGUACGGUGGGAUUCGAAUUGGUCGGUGAUCUGUUUGUUAACUUGGCUUUCAAAAACUUUCGAAAGGCAGGGCAGGAUGGAUAUAGGUCUGUAACAGUUUGGAUCUAGAGUGUCACCCCCUUUGAAGAGGGGGAUGACCGCGGCAGCUUUCCAAUCUCUGGGGAUCUCAGACGUUACGAAAGAGAGGUUGAGCAGGCUAGUAAUAGGGGUUGCGAAAAUGUCGGCGGCUAGUUUUAGAAAGAAAGGGUCCAGAUUGUCUAGCCCAGAUGAUUUGUAGGGGUCCAGAUUUUGCAGCUCUUUCAGAACAUCAGCUGUCUGAAUUUGUGUGAAGGAGAAGCGGGUGGGGGGCCAUGGGCAAGUUGCAGCGGAGGGUGCAGAGCUGGUGGCCUGGGUAGUGGUAGCCAGGUGGAAAACAUGGCCAGCCGUAGCAAAAUGCUUGUUGAAAUUCUCGAUUAUUGUAGAUUUAUCGGUGGUGAUAGUGUUUCCUAGCCUCAGUGCAGUGGGCAGCUGGGAGGAGGUGCUCUUAUUCUCCAUGGACUUUACAGUGUCCCUAAACUUUUUGGAGUUAGUGCUACAGGAUGCACAUUUCUGUUUGAAAAAGUUAGCCUUUGCUUUCCUAACUGCUUGUGUAUAUUGGUUCCUAACUUCCCUGAAAAGUUGCAUAUCGCGGGGGCUAUUUGAUGCUAAUGCAGUACACCACAGGAUGUUUUUGUGCUGGUCAAGGGCAGUCAAGUCUGAGGAGAACCAGGGGCUAUAUCUGUUCUUAGUUCUGUAUUUUUUGAAUGGGGCAUGUUUAUUUAAGAUUGAGAGGAAAUUACUUUUAAAGAACAACCAGGCAUCCUCUACUGACGGAAUGAGAUCGAUAUCCAUCCAGGAUACCUGGGCCAGGUCAAUUAGGAAGGCCUGCUCGCUAAAGUGUUUUAGGGAGCGUUUGACAGUGAUGAGGGGUGGUCGUUUGACCACGGACCCGUUACGGACGCAGGCAAUAAGGCAGUGAUCGCUGAGAUCCUGGUUGAAGACAGCAGAGGUGUAUUUAGAGGGUAAGUUAGUCAGGAUGAUAUCUAUGAGGGUACCCAUGUUUACGGAUUUAGGGUUGUACCUGGUAGGUUUGUUGAUCAUUUGUGUGAGAUUGAGGGCAUCUAUUUUGGAUUUUAGGAUGGCCGAGGUGUUAAGCAUAUCCCAAUUUAGGUCACCAAGCAGUACAAACUCUGAGGAUAAAUGGGGGGCAAUCAAUUCACAUAUGGUGUCCAGGGCACAGCUGGGGGCUGAGGGGGGUCUGUAGCAAGCGGCAACAGUGAGAUACUUAUUUCUGGAAAGGUGUAUUUUUAGAAGUAGAAGCUCAAACUGUUUGGGCACAGACCUGGAUAGUAUGAUAGAGCUCUGCAGGCUAUCUCUACAGUAGAUUGCAACUCCACCCCCUUUUGCAGUUCUAUCUAGACGGAAAAUGUUGUAGUUGGGGAUGGAAAUUUCAGAAUUUUUGGUGGCCUUCCUAAGCCAGGUUUCAGACAGGGUUGGCGGAGUGUGCUAACGCAGUGAAUAACUCAAACUUAGGAAGGAGGCUUCUGAUGUUAACGUGCAGAAAACCAAGGCUUUUACGGUUACAGAAGUCAACAAAUGAUAGCUCCUGGGGAGUAGGAGUGAUACUGGGGGCUGCAGGGCCUGGGUUAGCCUCUACAUCACCAGAGGAACAGAGGAGGACUAGAAUAAAGAUACGGCUAAAUGCUUUAAGAACUGGUCUUCUAGUGCGUUGGGUACAGAGAAUAAAGGGGCCAGAUUUCCAGGCGUUGUAGAAAAGAUUCAGGGCAUUAUGUACAGACAAGGAUAUGGAAGGAUAUGAGUACAGUGGAGGUAAACCUAAGCGUUGGGUAACAAUGAAAGAGAGAGCAUCACUGGAGGCACCGAUUGAGCCGGUCUCGGCGUGUAUGGGGGGUGGAACAAAGGAACUAUUUGAGGCAGUUUGAGAGGGACUUGGGGUUCUACAGUGAAAUUGUAUAAUAAGAACUAACUGGAACAGCAAUAGGCAAGGCAUAUUGACAUGGGAGAGAGGCAUAAAGCAAUCACAGGUGUUAUUAGAGAGAGCUAGGACAACAACUUUUAAUGGCGAUAAAGUUUGGGCUGAGGCUAAACAGAUAAACAGGACAGGGUACCGUGUAAAGGAACAGUCCAGCAGGCAUCAGCUGUGCAGCUGAGUGAUCAUAAGGUCCAGUGAACAGCAAUAUGUGAGUCUGAGAGCAGUUCGAAUUGGUGCUUCAGCACAGCGAGCAGGAAGCACGGCUGUUUGCGUGUGCUAGCGGGCCGGGGCUAGCAGACAGAUCUUCGUGGUCGUCGCAACGGGAAGCCUGUUGAAACCACAGACGAUUACGUCAGCAGACCAGUCGUGAUGGAUCGGCAGGGCUCCGUGUCGACUCUAGGAGGUCCCGUCCGGUUGACAGAGAGAUAGAUAGCCGGGAGAUGUGCCUGCCUCAAGGCUAGCUCAAGGCUGAUUAGCCAACAACAACGUUCAUUUGGUUGCAGCUAGCUAGUUGCGAUUAUCCAGUGUUAAAGGUCCAGUGAUUCAGUGAUUCCGGCAGAAAAUCCGAUGUUCUGGGUGAAAACCGCUAACGGUGGCUAAUAGCAAGUAGCUAGUUAGCCGGCUGGCUAGUUUCAACUGGAGAUUCUAGAUAAAGGUGAGUAAAUAAUAGAAUCCGUUCCACAUUGAGUGAGGCGGGUUGCAGGAAAGUAUAUUUAGUAGAAGGAUGAAAAGUGUGAUAGGGAAAUAUAUACAUAAAAUACAAAAAAAUACAAAAAACAGGCUAUUUACAUGGACACACAAGAGAACACGACCGCUCUGCUACGCAUUCUUGGAUCUGAGUAAGGACGCGCACGCAUAGAAGUAGGCCUAUAGGCUACCUGGCCUGCGCACAAAUGUAGGCAUAUAAAUGUGCCCAUUUUGGGGAUCUGAUAGUAUUUCUGAUUGGCUUAACGCACAACAACUAAUGACCUGUGGAGCUUCUCAAAGUAAUGUUUUCUUCUCCUAAAACAGUAAGCAAACAAAGUCUGUUUUUACAUCCAUUGAGAAUUACAAUUGUUCCUCAAUGCAUUAGAAAAAUCUUUCCAGCGCUCUCCCUUUUGAUAACCACUCAGCGUGAAAGGGAAAAAUGUAAUGCUCUGAUCAAGUGGAAACGUCAUAAAAUAGGCCUUCUUAGAUAGAUUACUUCUUAUCAGUGCUUGACUUGGACAGAAAUAGGUUCCGGUAUUCAUUUCGGGUGCUGGUACUGUUUAUAUUUAGGUGCAGGAGCUCCACAAUACUUUUUAGCUAAUAUCCUAUAAGAGGAACAGGAGCUCAAGCAGUAGAAAAUUUGAGGUGCCGAUACUCGGCUCCGGUGAGCUUUUGCCCAAGUCAAGCACUGCUUCUUAUCCCUUGCGCAAGUAGCCUACAGCUGUGUCUGUCCCGAGCUCCCUGGCGCGGGAAACUCUGAGGGCCCGGAAUAUUUAAUACAAUGUUGCUAGCAGCGCAAUCUUCGGGCAGGACCCAAGUUGGGUCUCAUGGGUCCUCUGUAGCUCAGCUGGUAGAGCACGGCGCUAGUAACGCCAAGGUAGUGGGUUCGAUCCCCGGGACCACCCAUACACAAAAAAAAAAUUAAGCACGCAUAACUGUAAGUCGCUUUGGAUAAAAGCGUCUGCUAAAUGGCAUAUUAUUAUUAUUAUUAUUAUUAUUAUUAUUAUUAAGUUAAUAGUUGAUACAAUGUUUCAAGUUUGUUGCAGACAGGCCAUGUGUAGCCAAUGUGAUAUAUAGGAUAUUUCUUUUUAUCAGGACAUUUUCUACCUGCAGGCUGCAAUGUUUUUAUUUGUUGGCUUUAUGUAGGCUAUUUUUACAUAGUUGGCAAUAGCAAUAGAAGUUACUUUUUCGGUUUAUCAUUUUCAUUUAGCUUUGGAUAGAAUUUUGAUUAACCACAUAAAUGAUUUUGCGAUAUGAAGACUGUUUCACGAAAAUGUGCAUAUGAAAACCAUAACUGGCACGCAGAUCGUUAGAAAUGGUGGAAAGGUUGCCGACUCCUCGUGUAGCCUAUUACCGGCAACUUCAGGAGAGUAAUGGCAGAAUCUGCGAAAGCCAGCAGGAGCGGGAGGAGAAUAGUUGGGUCAGGUUUUUUUUAUUCUUGUUAUCUAGAUCUCUGGUGCCCUCUUGAGGCAUUUGUCUUAUUUCAUCAAACCGUGAGCUUAAAGCAUCAGACAAGCUCAAUGCAUAUAGUUGAUUUUAUAAAAACGCAUAGGGUGUGUCUAUAUAUGGAAAAAUACACCAUUUAAAAUGUUGACCAAUCGACUUUCGGUCAACCAAGAUUUUUUUUUGUCGGGGACAGCCCUAACACACACACACACCGUGACACAAAAACACACACACACUCCUGGUGUGUGUGUGUGUGUGUGUGUGUGUGUGUGUGUGUGUGUGGAGAGGGUGGUCCGGUGGCUCCAGUUGAUGGUGGCCCCUGGAUUGAGUAUAUGCAGGACUGCUUCUUAAAUAGAAUGAUGCACAGACACUGCACUGCCUCAGUAGAGCCUCAAACCACACCAGACACACACACACCUUCAAAAGUGAGUUAUCACUGAGAGAAGGCUGGUGACUGGAGAGAGGGAAAGAAGAUGGGGGGGGGGGGGGGGGGGGGAGAGAGAGAGAGGGAGGACCAGGUACACCCUGAGCUGUUGAACAGUCCCCUCCCGUCUGUCCAUCCCUCUCCCUGACAUGACUACUGUAGGAACUAUGCAGCCAGUCUAGUCUGGAGGACAGCUCUAAUUACUGUAGGAACUAGGCAGCCAGUCUAGUCUGGAGGGCAGCUCUAACUACUGUAGGAACUAGGCAGCCAGUCUAGUCUGGAGGACAGCUCUAACUACUGUAGGAACUAGGCAGCCAGUCUGGAGGGCAGCUCUAACUACUGUAGGAACUAGGCAGCCAGUCUAGUCUGGAGGACAGCUCUAACUACUGUAGGAACUAGGCAGCCAGUCUAGUCUGGAGGGCAGCUCUAACUACUGUAGGAACUAGGCAGCCAGUCUAGUCUGGAGGGCAGCUCUAACUACUGUAUGAACUAGGCAGCCAGUUUAGUCUGGAGGACAGCUCUAACUACUGUAGGAACUAGGCAGCCAGUCUGGAGGGCAGCUCUAACUACUGUAGGAACUAGGCAGCCAGUCUAGUCUGGAGGACAGCUCUAACUACUGUAGGAACUAGGCAGCCAGUCUGGAGGACAGCUCUAACUACUGUAGGAACUAGGCAGCCAGUCUAGUCUGGAGGACAGCUCUAACUACUGUAGGAACUAGGCAGCCAGUCUAGUCUGGAGGACAGCUCUAACUACUGUAGGAACUAGGCAGCCAGUCUAGUCUGGAGGACAGCUCUAACUACUGUAGGAACUAGGCAGCCAGUCUAGUCUGGAGGACAGCUCUAACUACUGUAGGAACUAGGCAGCCAGUCUGGAGGGCAGCUCUAACUACUGUAGGAACUAGGCAGCCAGUCUAGUCUGGAGGACAGCUCUAACUACUGUAGGAACUAGGCAGCCAGUCUAGUCUGGAGGGCAGCUCUAACUACUGUAUGAACUAGGCAGCCAGUUUAGUCUGGAGGACAGCUCUAACUACUGUAGGAACUAGGCAGCCAGUCUAGUCUGGAGGACAGCUCUAACUACUGUAGGAACUAGGCAGCCAGUCUAGUCUGGAGGACAGCUCUAACUACUGUAGGAACUAGGCAGCCAGUCUGGAGGGCAGCUCUAACUACUGUAGGAACUAGGCAGCCAGUCUAGUCUGGAGGACAGCUCUAACUACUGUAGGAACUAGGCAGCCAGUCUAGUCUGGAGGGCAGCUCUAACUACUGUAUGAACUAGGCAGCCAGUUUAGUCUGGAGGACAGCUCUAACUACUGUAGGAACUAGGCAGCCAGUCUAGUCUGGAGGGCAGCUCUAACUACUGUAUGAACUAGGCAGCCAGUUUAGUCUGGAGGACAGCUCUAACUACUGUAGGAACUAGGCAGCCAGUCUGGAGGGCAGCUCUAACUACUGUAGGAACUAGGCAGCCAGUCUAGUCUGGAGGACAGCUCUAACUACUGUAGGAACUAGGCAGCCAGUCUAGUCUGGAGGACAGCUCUAACUACUGUAGGAACUAGGCAGCCAGUCUAGUCUGGAGGACAGCUCUAACUACUGUAGGAACUAGGCAGCCAGUCUAGUCUGGAGGACAGCUCUAACUACUGUAGGAACUAGGCAGCCAGUCUGGAGGGCAGCUCUAACUACUGUAGGAACUAGGCAGCCAGUCUAGUCUGGAGGACAGCUCUAACUACUGUAGGAACUAGGCAGCCAGUCUAGUCUGGAGGGCAGCUCUAACUACUGUAUGAACUAGGCAGCCAGUUUAGUCUGGAGGACAGCUCUAACUACUGUAGGAACUAGGCAGCCAGUCUAGUCUGGAGGACAGCUCUAACUACUGUAGGAACUAGGCAGCCAGUCUAGUCUGGAGGACAGCUCUAACUACUGUAGGAACUAGGCAGCCAGUCUGGAGGGCAGCUCUAACUACUGUAGGAACUAGGCAGCCAGUCUAGUCUGGAGGACAGCUCUAACUACUGUAGGAACUAGGCAGCCAGUCUAGUCUGGAGGGCAGCUCUAACUACUGUAUGAACUAGGCAGCCAGUUUAGUCUGGAGGACAGCUCUAACUACUGUAGGAACUAGGCAGCCAGUCUAGUCUGGAGGACAGCUCUAACUACUGUAGGAACUAGGCAGCCAGUCUAGUCUGGAGGACAGCUCUAACUACUGUAGGAACUAGGCAGCCAGUCUAGUCUGGAGGACAGCUCUAACUACUGUAGGAACUAGGCAGCCAGUCUAGUCUGGAGGACAGCUCUAACUACUGUAGGAACUAGGCAGCCAGUCUGGAGGGCAGCUCUAACUACUGUAGGAACUAGGCAGCCAGUCUAGUCUGGAGGACAGCUCUAACUACUGUAGGAACUAGGCAGCCAGUCUGGAGGACAGCUCUAACUACUGUAGGAACUAGGCAGCCAGUCUAGUCUGGAGGACAGCUCUAACUACUGUAGGAACUAGGCAGCCAGUCUAGUCUGGAGGACAGCUCUAACUACUGUAGGAACUAGGCAGCCAGUCUAGUCUGGAGGACAGCUCUAACUACUGUAGGAACUAGGCAGCCAGUCUGGAGGGCAGCUCUAACUACUGUAGGAACUAGGCAGCCAGUCUAGUCUGGAGGACAGCUCUAACUACUGUAGGAACUAGGCAGCCAGUCUGGAGGGCAGCUCUAACUACUGUAGGAACUAGGCAGCCAGUCUAGUCUGGAGGACAGCUCUAACUACUGUAGGAACUAGGCAGCCAGUUUAGUCUGGAGGACAGCUCUAACUACUGUAGGAACUAGGCAGCCAGUCUAGUCUGGAGGGCAGCUCUAACUACUGUAGGAACUAGGCAGCCAGUCUAGUCUGGAGGGCAGCUCUAACUACUGUAUGAACUAGGCAGCCAGUUUAGUCUGGAGGACAGCUCUAACUACUGUAGGAACUAGGCAGCCAGUCUAGUCUGGAGGACAGCUCUAACUACUGUAGGAACUAGGCAGCCAGUCUAGUCUGGAGGACAGCUCUAACUACUGUAGGAACUAGGCAGCCAGUCUAGUCUGGAGGACAGCUCUAACUACUGUAGGAACUAGGCAGCCAGUCUAGUCUGGAGGGCAGCUCUAACUACUGUAGGAACUAGGCAGCCAGUCUAGUCUGGAGAGCAGCUCUAACUACUCUACAUCAAACAAAUGAAAGUGAAGAAUAUGUAAGACUUGCUGCACCUACAAAUUCAUCUGGAUAUUUAUUCAGGAAAUGAAAAUGGCAGUCUGAGAUUUUAGAGUCUCUAUGAUUAAUUAUUUUUACAUUUAAUUUUUUUGUCAUUUAGCAGACGCUCUUAUCCAGAGCGACUUACAGUUAGUGAGUGCAUACAUGUUAUUAUUCUUCUUUUUUUUUUUUGUACUGGCCCCCCUUGGGAAUCGAACCCACAACCCUGGCGUUACAAGGGCCAUGCUCUACCAACUGAGCUACACGGGGCCCAGUGCUAUUUGACCCUGAUACAGGGCUUACUCAUAGCACCUCAUUUAGACAGAUAAAAUAAGCGCCUUUAGCGUCAAAAGAGAUCAGAUUUUUCUAAUGAAUGUCCUGUUGGUGCUCUCCAACAGUGUUUACCUUCUCCAUAGUCAUUAUGACACAGAUACUGGUGUGGUGCAGAGUUGAAGUCUGUUUAGACAAGGCUGGGGCUAUAAAUAUAAAUCAUGUGGGCUGGGAGUGCAGGAGGAGGACAGUAAGAUGGGAACUAGUAACAUGAAGGGAGAGCCGUUAUCCUGUCUUCUGUAUAGGUGUGUUUGAGAUGGGAAGUCAAGAUCUGAGGGAACUCUGAGACUGUAUGCUUUUAGCUCGUUGUGUGUGUGAACCUUGGCAGCCAGUCAACACAGAAACAGUUUUUUGCCUUUUAAGGGCAACAGGACUGAGCUCUCCUCCACACUGCCCUUCUCAGGCUUCGAGACUGAGACUGAGACUGAGAGCAGAGCAGAGAAACCCUUGAUACAAACACAUCCUCAUUUCCAGGUAUGGUUGGACAAGACCCCUGUGUGUGAUAGUGUUAAUCCCACUCAGAGGAGCUCCAGAGGGGCCUGAAACCAGCACGGAGGGGGAAGAAACAGGGAGCCUUGAGGUGCUUUCAGAACCAAGGCAAGCUGAGGGUUUUCGAUUCAAGACAAAUUAAAGAAUGAUCUUGUCGCUUGGCUGGUAGUCCUGACUGAGUCACACAGCAGAAUUAGACUCACUAAGGAUGGAAUUAGCCGGAGUGUAGUCUGCUGGGAGGGAGGAAGGAAAGGAGAAAGAGUAAAGAGGGAGAGAAAUCUGUGUUUUCAGUCAGUAGUGUGGACGCCGCACAGGGUCCUCAUUGCUCAAUGUCUCAAACACACGCACGGACACACACACUCUCCCGGUUCCUCCAUAGAGACAGCUUGCCGGUUGCGUGCAGCAUUAGACUUAACAUAACAGCAGAAGUGAAAGCCACUAAACCCUGCCAGUCAGGUGGACGCCAGUAAGACUAAGACUAGCUGUCACCAUUGGUGUCGGAUAAUGGGGAUCCUAAUAAAAUCUAAAUCUCACUUCCCCUUUUAGGUUAAAUCAAGUCAAACAUAUGCAUCCCAUUGUAAGUCCUUAGAUUCUCUGGUGAGGACAAUGUCACAAGUGUCAGUGUCUCUGUUUACUCAACUGGUUAACCUACAGUACCAGGUGCCCAGGGUAAAACGAAGACACUGAGAAUUCAUCGAAACACGUAUUUGCAAACCUAGAAACUGGUUUGAACAUAGUUGGGUCCCGGCCCACUCUGUGCUGUAUUCUCCAGUUGUUACUGGGUGUGAGAAACUAUGUCAGAAACCCAGCAGGUAUUUCUUAACCUAGCCGUGGAAACUCCAAAAGCCCAUGUGUCCCAGUUCAUGUGAUUUACUAAUCAUCAGGGUCUCCUCACUCUCGCGCUAUAAAUCAAAUCAGAUUGUAUUUGUCACAUGCUUCGUAAACAACAGGUGUAGACUAACAGUGAAAUGCUUACUUACAGGCUCUUCCCAACAAUGCAGAGAGAAAAAUAUAGAACAAAUAGUAACACAAGGAAUAACUACACAAUGAGUAACAAUAACGAGGCUAUAUACAUGGGGUACCAGUACCGAGUCGAUCAAAUCACAUGUUAUUUCUCACAUGCGCCGAAUACAACAGGUGUAGACCUUACCGUGAAAUGCUUACUUACAAGCCCUUAACUUUAUUUAUUGAACUGCAUUGUUGGUUAAGAAAAUAUUUACUAAAUACAAAUUUAACACAAUAAAAUAAUAAUAACGAGGCUAUAUACAGGGGGUACCGGUACCGAGUCAAUGUACGGGGGUACAGGUUAGUCGAGGUAAUUUGUACAUGUAAGUAGGGGUAAAGUGACUAUGCAUAGAUAAUAAACAGCGAGUAGCAGCAGUGUAAAAACAAAGGGAGGGGUAGGUGUCAACAGGGACGGCUUGUUCAAUAGGGCGAUAUGGGCGACGCACUGCCAAACGGGAAAAGGAAGGGAUUUUUUUUCUAAUCAAUUAUUUAAAAAAAUAAAUAAAAUAAAAAAUAUAUUUUUUUUUUAUAAAUUUAUAAAAAAUUAUAUCACGGCAACAGCAGUUAUCAGUGUUCACGUCUGAUCUGCCAGCCACUAAAUGUCAAAUCAGGCUAAAGUCGUGCUUCAAAUGGCCCCGCCCGUUUUUUGGGCGAUUUCAGUCAGGUUGAAAAUCGCCCAGAAGUCUGUCAUAGACUCCCAUGUAAAAUCUACUUUUUUCACAUUUCAAAGCUUUCAAUACAUUCUCUAUGGGUGUCUGUGGGCAUGCACUUACGCGCUUUCGUCAUACAUAACGUAACCACGAAUGAACGUAACUAAGAAAAGACCAGGUAGCAGCCUCAAUCAAUUCACUACUACUAUCAAAAUGGCUAGGCUUCAGUCCAACUCGAUUGUGUCUUUGAAAGAAGUUCCUUUUUGUCGGCGAACAAAUGAAGAUAAAUUGGCAACGAAACAAUUAGGACCUCCCAGACCAAAUUUAAUAAUUCAACAGGUGUCUACUAAAGGGGGGAAGUCCUACACCCGAGGAUUUUCCAAAAAUUGGUAUGAACGGAAAACCUGGCUAGCAGGCUGCGAUGUAGCUAAUGCAGUUUUUUGCUACCCCUGCUUACUCUUCCACCCUGAAGGCGGCACAGCAGACAGCACCGCUUGGACAGCGACUGGUGUAACCGACAUGCACCAUCUUUCAGAAAAGAUAAAGAAACAUGAGCUGUCAAAGACCCACAUGGAUAGCUGUUUGAGAUUGUCAUCUUUGGGAAGAGUGAAUAUUGCCACUCAACUGGAUGAGGGAUACAGGCUAGCUGUCCGCCGCCACAACGAUGAGGUUAGCAAGAACCGCCAUAUCCUCAGCCGGCUAAUCCAGUGUGUUAAGUUUUGCGGAGUGUUUGAGUUAGCUUUGCGAGGCAAAGAUGAAACUGAGGGCUCCACCAACCCUGGUAUUUUUCUUGGACUUGUCAACUUUGUGGCACAAUUAGAUGAGGUGUUUGAUGACCAUCUUAAAAAUGCUAAAGUUUUCAAGGGCACAUCAAAGACCAUUCAAAACGAGCUACUGGAGUGUAUGCUAGCGGUCACGAGGGAACAUAUUGUGGAGGAGGUGAAGUCUGCGAACUUCGUAGCUAUCCAAGCUGACGAGACCACGGAUGUUUCUACGCAGACACAGUUGGUGCUUGUGCUGAGGUACAUAGAUAGCAAGCACAAAGUGCAGGAGCGCUUUUUUGAGUUCCUUCCCAUCUCGGAAUCAACCUCAGCCUCAAUCGCCAGUGUACUUUUGGAGAGACUGAACGGUCUUUUUGCCGAUGACGAGAAAGUCAAACUCAUUGCGCAAGCUUACGAUGGAGCCAGUGUGAUGAGGGGAGAGAAGGCAGGUGUGCAGCAGAAGGUGCGUGAGCAUUUCAAGAAUGCCCAUUACGUGCAUUGCUAUGCGCAUCAGCUGAAUUUGAUCAUGCAUCAAGCUACUUCUCGCAUCAAAAAAGUGAACAUUUUCUUUUCCGAUCUGAGCGGGAUUACAACGUUUUUUUCCCGGUCACCCAAACGCACCAGCAUUCUUGACCAGACUGUUGCACGAAGACUGCCCAGACCUUCAUCCACACGGUGGAACUUCAACAGCAGAGUCGUGAACACUGUCUACGAGAAUCGAGACGACCUCAUAGAAUGUUUUGAAGCCAUCCGGACGGGUUCAUUGGGUUCAUUUGACCAGCUUACUGUGAGAGAGGCAUCUGGUUACGUGAGGAUGCUACAUGAUGAAGAUUUUAUUUUUUUCCUGCGGCUUUUUCACAAAAUCAUGCCCCACGUCGACAUUCUGUACCAGAAGCUACAGAAGAAGGACAUCGAUGCUGUCUUUAUCAAACGUGCCCUCGACAGCUUCACAAGCAGUGUGCAGGCCAUAAGGUAAGAUUAAACAAUAUCAUUCGAUCUUUCUCAAAGCAGAGCUUUAUUUGAAAAUGUAUGCAUGAAAGGAGACUGCAUUUGUGUUUGAAAUCACAUUAUUCUCAUUAUAUAUGGCCAGUGGUGUAAUCUAUCUUAUUUUAUAUACUAUGUGUACUGUGCAGUGGUGCUCAUAAGCUUAUGAUCCCAUGCUAAAGUUGACUAAAAAGAGGAAUAAAAAAAUAAAAAAAUCAUCUUUUGGAAAUUGAUCUUAAUGACUUAAUUAAAAAAGUUGGAAAAUCCAACCUUUAAGGACACCAAUUUUCUUUUCUUUUUUAUUCCUCUUUUUAGUCAACUUUAGCAUGGGAUCAUAAGCUUAUGAGCACCACUGUAUACUGUGCUGAACAUCCAGGCUAUGUGAGACACAAAGGCUAACUUAAACACUAAAGACUUUAUGCAUCCCUGCCCAUUUUAAGUGGAACUUAAGUAUUUGUACUAUACAUGGAUACAUUGCAUAUACCUGUGCAUCACAUAGACAACAAUACUGUACAAAGCCAACAAACACAUUGGUCUGUUUGCCUUCAGGGACUCCUCUCAACAGCAGCUGCAAGAAGCAACAGGAGCCAAAAGACCCAGAACAGCUUUGAGAGAAGAGGAGAAGCAGAGGCUGUCUGAAGAGGUCUGCAACACCAUCCUGGAUCACACCAAAGAAAGGUUAUCUUUCUCUGGCCACCUUGUGAGUGCUACCUUACUGCAAGCAGACAUGUUUGAAAGGUACUGCCAUUCAUUUCCUGAUGAGGCUCUGAAUGCCACUGUGAAUGCAUACCCCAUGCUGAGCAAGGCAAAGCUCAAGACAGAACUAUCUCUGAUCUAUGAGAAUCCUGAAUUCAAGGGAGGCUGUGGUGCACUGGCACUGUACCAGGUUCUCAUGAGCUACAACCUCCAGGAGACGUUCUCUGAGACUGUGACUCUGUUGAACAUCCUCAUAACUACUCCCAUGACAACAGCUGAAGCUGAGAGAUGUUUCUCAACUUUGACACGAGUUAAGACAUUCCUGCGAAAUUCAAUGGGCCAGGAACGUCUGAAUGCACUGGCCAUGCUUUCCAUGGAGAGGGAACUAGUCCUCAGCAUGCCUGAUUUCAAUGAGAAAGUCAUUGAACGCUUUGCUGUAUUGAAACAGAGAAGAGAACAGUUUCAGUACAAGUAAUGUAGCCUCUCUCUCUCUUUGUCCCUCCCUGUCUGUCUCUUUAACACACACACGCCCAAAUCAGUUCACAGUUGAUGUUGUUUAAAAUAGUUUUUUUUUCAUUUUAAAAAAAGUAAUAAAAAUAAAAAUCUGUUCAUGUUCAUUUUUACAAAUCUAUACAAUUGGCCAGAAUAUGGUUGUUCAUAUUUACAAAUCUAUACAAUUGGCCAGAAUAUGGUUGUUCAUUUUUACAAAGCCAUACAGAUAGCUGUGUUUACCUUUUCUAGAAAUUACUUUCAAAUUCUGUUUUCAUUCUUAUUUCAUUUGUUUAUGGAAAUGCAUAUUGUUUAUGCAGUGUUGAGGAAUGUGAAAGAACACCCUUGAUUAUUUUUACUGUGAUAACUUAUUUUGAUUUUGUAAGCCAACACUUUUGAGAUCAGUCAAUAAAUGCUUCUGGUAUUGACUUAUAUGCUGCCCCUGUCUUCAUGUUGUUGCUGGACAUAUCUUUUUUAAAAUGUGUGUAGGUCACCUAAAUCAUCAGAAAAAUUGCCCCUCCUGAGAAUUUUUUCAGGAGCCGCCACUGGGUGUCAAUGUAAAUAGUCUGGGUGGCCAUUUGAUUAAUUGUUCAGCAGUCUUAUGGCUUGGGGGUAGAAGCUGUUAAGGAGCCUUUUGGUUCUAGACUUGGCGCUCCGGUACCGCUUGCCUGUGGGUGUGCAGGGGUACGAGGUAAUUGAGGUAGAUAUGUACAUAUAAGUAGGGGUAACGUGACUAGGCAACAGGAUAGAUAAUAAACAGUAGCAGCAGCGUAUGUGAUGAGUCAAAAGAGUUUGUGCAAAGAGGGUCAAUGCAGAUAGUCCGGGUAGCUAUUUGGUUAACUAUGUAGGAGUCUUGGGGGUACAAGUUGUUCAGGGUCCUGUUGGUUCCAGACUUGGUGCAUCAGUACCGCUUGCCGUGCGAUGGCAGAGAGAACAGUCUAUGACUUGGGUGGCUGGAGUCUGACAAUUUCCAGGGCCUUCCUCUGACACCGCCUGCUAUAGAGGUCCUGGAUGGCAGGGAGCUCGGCCCCAGUGAUGUACUGGGCCAUACGCACUACCCUCUGAAGCGCCUUGCGGUCGGAUGCCAAGCAGUUGCCAUAGCAAGCGGUGAUGCAGCCAGUCAAGGUGCUCUCUGGUGCAGCUGUAUAACUUUUUGAGGAUCUUCGAGCCCAUGCCAAAUCUUUUCAGCCUCCUGAUGGGGAAGAGGCGUUGUCGUGCCUUCUUCACGACUGUGUUAGUGUGUGAGUACCAUGUUAAUUCCUUAGUGAUGUGGACACAGAGGAACUCUCAACCUGCUCCACUACAGCCCCGUCGAUGUGGAUGGAUGCGUGCUCGGCCCUCCAUUUAAUGUAGUCCACGAUCAGCUCCUUUGUCUUGCUGACGUUGAGGGAGAGGUUGUUGUCCUGGCACCAUUGUCGUCGGUGAUCAGGCCUGCCACCGUCUGCUACCAUUUGGCUCUUACCAAUGUGGCCCAUAUUUCCAGGCAAUUACAGAACAGUUGUAGAUAUUAGCCAAAGAAUCUGACAAUUCAUUCAAUCAAUGUUAAUCCUUCAUUGUACAGAGAACACAUACAAUACAUUUGGAUUCAUUCCCUGAAGUGCACCCUAUUGCCUGUGUAGUGCACUUUAUUUGACCAGAGCCACAUGUGCACUGGCAGGGAAGAAGAGGAUCUGUGAUGAUAGUGCUAACCAGAUCUGUAUCUGCUGAGCUUUUCACCACCACCAGCAGCAUCAGCUAGCUAUCGAUGGGCUCUCCUCCAGCAUUUCUGCCUGAUUACACAAGACAGGCCUCCAGCACCCUGUACUCCUGCCAGGAAAGCCCCCAGCCCAGCCUCUGUGGAACGAUGCCCAGCUGACUGCACUCUCAGAGGAUAUGUGUCUCUACAACAGGGUUUCCCCUAUGAAUGCUUAGGCGGGACGCCCACCACCUUCCCUAGCUCUGUUGCACACCCCUGCCUAAACAUAGUCCAAAAAUAUUUUGGUCUCAGCAGUUCAGGCAUUUACUUCCCUUCCUUUGAUACAAUCUAGGAGAAACACCCCAGUUGAUCAGAGCAGAUAUCAUUAAGCUAGCAGGAUGUCCUCAUCCUCAUGCUCCUACUCAUCAGAACACACAGUAAUGUGCCUUCCAGUCAAGCUGAGGACUAACCUCUCUGCCAUGUCUAUGUCCUUACAGUCCAACUAAAUAAGGAAACCAUUUUCUUUAGGAAACCUGGUUAGUGUGUUUGAUUGAGCAAGACCCAGAGUGAUACUUUGAAUAGCUCACUGUUGUUACCAUGGAGACAAUCGGGGGCAGAUGAAGGGGAGAUUGGUUCCAUCAGAAUCCCUAGAAAAGCAUCCUGCUGUUUGCAUUAUCUCGCCACAGCUGAAUCUCUGGGAUAGUCCACAUGAAUGCUUGAAAGGCUCUCUGCAUAAAGGAUGCCCAACAUAUCAGCCCAACACUUGUCAUUAAACUCAGCAGUGGACUGGUGGUAUCACAGGGAAACAAAGCGUUCAACGGAACCUUGAUGAUAAGUGGUUUUGUUUAUACGGUACAUCCGGUCAGUGUUGAUCAUUUUGACUAAGCUGGGGUAUUGUCAAUAGACGUAUGUAAAAGCAUGCCGCUCUGAGUUUCUCCUCCUGGCCUGCCCUAGUCUCUCUGAGGUAUUCUAGCCUUGGGGCUGUGGGCUGUUGCUAGUUACUGUACUCCAGCUGUUAGCAGUGACAGAAAUAGAGUGUGGAUCUCUAUUGAAGCUCUUAAGUAGACCAGGGCUGGUCUAUUACCCACAGCCUCCAGCCUCAGUGGAAAUGGGCUAAUUGUUCCUGUUCGAUGAGGAGAGGAGAGGCCUGGUUCCUGGGCUAACUGGCAACUGGCUGAGGACGUGCCCUGGAGGAACCAUGUCCCCUGAGGGGGAGGUGGGGGAAGAGGAUGAGGAGUGGGAGGGGCAUUGGAUGGUUUUGUGAUGAAGAGCGCAUUUCUGCGCUCACUCUAUCUUUGGAAUACGCAUCGAUGAUGGGAAAAAGUGUCAGUUCAACAUUAAUAGAGAAAAACAUCUGAUUAUCACCACUCAUUGUUAUUUUGUUGUGUGAAGGGCACCUGUUGCUCCAUUUAUGUCUAUUCAGACCCUUCUUCAGUUGAUGCCAGCAUAUAUGCUGCCAUUAUUUAAGAUGAUACGUUUAUAACUCUCAGUUCCUCUAUGCUAUCAAUUAUCUGAUGACACAAGGGUUGAAAUAUGUGCGAUCUCCAUUGUUUCUUCUCUCAGAAUUAAUGUGAUAAAGUGCUCCUUGAAGUAAUGUGAGAAAUUGUAAGCGACAGUUUUGAAACAACAGGAGACCAUUGUGUAGACAGAACCGAAUGACAUUGUCGUAUUCAGAGCUUGUUGUUCCUGUCUGCCGGCAGGCUAAAGAACAGUCUGUGUUUACUUCAUGUUGUACACUUCCUGCCCAAACAAAGACAAACGCAUGCAUCCACUGUAUCAAAACUCUUAUAUCUAUGAAUAAUUUAGGGCUCCAUGGACAAAAGCCUUACUACACAGUCAGACUCCAGUACACAUAGACAGACACACACUGAGGGACAGACGGACGCGUGUGCACACACACACAAAAAUAUAUAAAUACACACACACACACAAAUAAGCAAAUUUGUCAGAUGCGGUUGAGAGCACAUUGAGCAUCAGAGGGAUAGAGGCAGUGCCCUCAGGGGAUGCUGCUGGAGCAGAGUAAUGAUAUCUAACUGCAUGUUCACAGACACGUGCCCCUCUCUCUCUCUCUCUCUCUCUCUCUCUCUCUCUCUCUCUCUCUCUCUCUCUCCAUCUACCUCCCUUCUGCCUCUCUCUCUCUAUCUGCCUCUCUCUCUCUCGCGCUCUCUCUCUCUCGCGCUCUCUCUCUCGCUCUCGCUCUGCCUCUCUCUCUCUCUCUCUUCUUCCCUCUGCCUCUCUCCCUGUCACUCCAUCCGUGUCUCUCUCUAUAUAUUUCUGUCCAUCCCUGUCUCUCCUUGCAUGUGGACCAGCCUCUCCUCUGGGAGUCCAGCCACCUCCACAGCCCACAGCGCUCCUGCACCAAAAGCGAAAUGUGAGCGGAGAAGGGUGAGGGAGAGGGUGAAGGGGAGGUGCGGAGAGGGUGAAGGGGAGGUGCGGAGAGGGUGAAGGGGAGGUGCGGAGAGGGUGAGAAGGGGAGGUGCGGAGAGGGUGAGAAGGGGAGGUGCGGAGAGGGUGAAGGGGAGGUGCGGAGAGGGUGAGAAGGGGAGGUGCGGAGAGGGUGAGAAGGGGAGGUGCGGAGAGGGUGAGAAGGGGAGGUGCGAAGAAGGGGAGGUGCGGAGAGGGUGAGAAGGGGAGGUGCGGAGAGGGUGAGAAGGGGAGGUGCGGAGAGGGUGAAGGGGAGGUGCUGAGAGGGUGAAGGGGAGGUGCGGAGAGGGUGAAGGGGAGGUGCGGAGAGGGUGAAGGGGAGGUGCGGAGAGGGAAAAGAGAGAGAUAAACAAUGGUCAGAGUGGGGAUGUGAAAGGACGUAUAAUUGGUGUGGUCCCUUAUGUUUAUCAUUGUCUCUCUCUCCCUCUCUCUUUCUCCCUCCCUCUCUCCCUCCUUCUCUCUCAGCUCGUAGAGGAAGGCCCAGGCGGGGCCGUGGAGUGGCUCAGUACAAGGGUGUGUGUGUGUGUGAGGGUGUGUGUUCUCACCACCACCACCCCGUGCCUCUCCUCCCCCCUGGAGAAGGCUAGCAGAAUCAGGAUGUCGGAGGCUAGAGAGCGUAGCCCCCGUCACCAGAGGCCCUGGUCAGUGUACCGGGCCAACACCUUUGACCUCUCCUCUGAGAUGAUCGGCCUGGCGCUCGCAGGUGAGAAUGGGAAAGGGUUGCUUGUAGUGGGUUGGUCACAGACAAUAUCAAGGAAACAAACAAUAUGAGAGACCAUGUGAUGAACAAUUGGUAAUGGAAUUACAUCCUGUCUUGUACACAUCCUGUCUAUCCAGUCUGUAUAUCAUGGUACACCGACACAUGUUUUUAUCACUUUUGUCCUUUCAUUUCCGCCAACUGAAUUAGUGGAAAAUGACUUGUAUGAGUUAAUGCUACUUUUCUGUUUUGUAGGGAACAGCCAGGAUCCAGAUGAGCCUGUUCUAGAGUUCAGUGUGGGUGAGUACAGUAAAUUAACUUCAAUUAACUUCUAUAGGAAUUUGUCUUGCAUUUAUUGUUCCACGCGUUCCAACGUGCUGUGUGUCCCUCCCUCCCUCCCUCCCUCCCUCCCUCCCUCCUCAGCCUGUAAUGAGUUGGUGACCCCAGCUCUGGAGCGGAAACCCAACAGCUUUGUGGCAGUGAGCUGCACCACCCCUCCCCAGGCCUUCUGGACCAAACACGCCCAGACUGAGAUCAUCGAGGUGAGACAGAACAUUUUUUUACAUUUUACAUUUUAGUCAUUUAGCAGACGCUCUUAUCCAGAGCGACUUACAGGAGCAAUUAGGGUUAAGUGCCUUGCUCAAGGGCACAUUUACGUCAUUUAGCAGACGCUCUUAUCCAGAGCGACUCACAAAUUGGUGCAUUCACCCUAUAGCCAGUGGGAUAACCACUUUACAAAUUAUUUUUUUGGGGGGGGGGGGGGGGUAGAAGGAUUACUUUAUCCUAUCCCAGGAUCAUCCCACUGUCCCCCUACUGCCGUCAUCCCACUGUUCCCUACUGCCGUCAUCCCUCUGUUCCCUACUGCCGUCAUCCCUCUGUUCCCUACUGCCGUCAUCCCACUGUCCCCUACUGCCAUCAUCCCAAUGUUCCCUACUGCCGUCAUCCCACUGUCCCCUACUGCCAUCAUCCCACUGUUCCCUACUGCCGUCAUCCCUCUGUUCCCUACUGCCGUCAUCCCUCUGUUCCCUACAGCCAUCAUCCCACUGUGCCCUACUGCUGUCAUCCCACUGUUCCCUACAGCCAUCAUCCCACUGUGCCCUACUGCCGUCAUCCCACUGUUCCCUACUGCCGUCAUCCCUCUGUUCCCUACUGCCGUCAUCCCACUGUGCCCUACUGCCGUCAUCCCUCUGUUCCCUACUGCUGUCAUCCCUCUGUUCCCUACAGCCAUCAUCCCACUGUGCCCUUCUGCCGUCAUCCCACUGUUCCCUACUGCCGUCAUCCCUCUGUUCCCUACUGCCGUCAUCCCACUGUGCCCUACUGCCGUCAUCCCACUGUUCCCUACUGCCAUCAUCCCAAUGUUCCCUACUGCCGUCAUCCCACUGUCCCCUACUGCCAUCAUCCCACUGUUCCCUACUGCAGUCAUCCCUCUGUUCCCUACUGCCGUCAUCCCUCUGUUCCCUACAGCCGUCAUCCCACUGUUCCCUACUGCCGUCAUCCCUCUGUUCCCUACAGCCAUCAUCCCACUGUGCCCUACUGCCGUCAUCCCACUGUUCCCUACUGCCGUCAUCCCUCUGUUCCCUACUGCCGUCAUCCCACUGUUCCCUACUGCCUGUCAUCCCUCUGUUCCCUACUGCCGUCAUCCCACUGUUCCCUACUGCCGUCAUCCCACUGUUCCCUACUGCCGUCAUCCCUCUGUUCCCUACUGCCUGUCAUCCCUCUGUACCCUACUGCCGUCAUCCCUCUGUUCCCUACUGCCGUCAUCCCACUGUUCCCUACUGCGUCAUCCCUCUGUACCCUACUGCCGUCAUCCCUCUGUUCCCUACUGCCGGUCAUCCCUCUGUUCCCUACUGCCGUCAUCCCACUGUUCCCUACUGCCGUCAUCCCACUGUUCCCUACUGCCGUCAUCCCUCUGUUCCCUACUGCCGUCAUCCCUCUGUUCCCUACUGCCGUCAUCCCACUGUUCCCUACUGCGUCAUCCCUCUGUACCCUACUGCCGUCAUCCCUCUGUUCCCUACUGCCGUCUGCUACACUGCACUGUUGUGUUCCUAUAUGAUUGUAGAAUGUUGUUAUCCAAAAUGUUUCUGGAUGUGUACAGUAUGGAUGAAGCAAGAUGAGAGAGCACUGCUCCCUGGGCGGCAGGUAGCCUAGCGGUUCGAGGUUUGAGCCAGGAACCGAAAGGUCGUUGGUUCGAAUACACGAGCCGACAAGGUGAAAAAUCUGUCUGUGCCUUUGAGCAAGGCACUUAACCUUAAUUUGCUCCAGGGGCGCCGUACUACUAUUGCUGACCGUAUAAAACAACAAAAUUUUCUGCAGCUAUCCGGUGUAUGUGACAGUAAAACAUUAUUUAAGAAUGUUGUUAUCCAAUAUCUUUCUGGAUGUGUACAGUUUGGAUGAAACAACAGUGAGAGCUUUAUGGAUUGUUUGAUUGAUUGAUUGAUUGUUUCCCCCUACAGGGCACCAAUAACCCUAUAUUCCUGAGCAGCAUAGCCUUCUUCCAGGACUCUCUGAUCAACCAGCAGACGCAGGUCAAGCUGUCUGUGUACGACGUCAAGGACCGCUCUCAGGGCACGGUGAGUAGAAUGCUAUUAGAUAAGAUGACAUUAAAACACCAAGUAAUAUGUCAGGGUCCCAUCGGAUAAUAAGCUACUACCACUAGUAGGUCAGUCCCAUUCCUCUCAUCACCUCCCUUCCCUCACCAUCGACCUAGGGAGUGUUGUUAUCUUAGAUGUCUGUCUCUGUCUCCUUCUCCUUUCUCUCUCUCUCUCUCUCCCUCACUCUUUCCCUCCCUUAUUCUCUCCCUCUCUCGUUCUCUCUCUUUCUCCCUGUCCCUGUCUCUCUUGCUUUCUCUCUUUUAUUCUCUCGCUUUCUCUCUCUCUCCUGACCUAGAUGUAUUUAUUGGGCUCAGCUCUGUUUCCUGUGAAGGAGCUGCUGCAGGAGAAGAACCACCGGUUACACCUGACCCUGAGGUAUGAGCGACAGACAGGUUACACCUGACCCUGAGGUAUGAGAGACAGACAGGUUACACCUGACCCUGAGGUAUGAGAGACAGGCAGGUUACACCUGACCCUGAGGUAUGAGGGACAGACAGGUUACACCUGACCCUGAGGUAUGAGAGACAGACAGGUUACACCUGAUCCUGAGGUAUGAGAGACAGGCAGGUUACACCUGACCCUGAGGUAUGAGAGACAGACAGGUUACACCUGACCCUGAGGUAUGAGAGACAGACAGGUUACACCUGACCCUGAGGUAUGAGAGACAGACAGGUUACACCUGACCCUGAGGUAUGAGGGACAGACAGGUUACACCUGACCCUGAGGUAUGAGGGACAGACAGGUUACACCUGACCCUGAGGUAUGAGAGACAGACAGGUUACACCUGACCCUGAGGUAUGAGAGACAGACAGGUUACACCUGACCCUGAGGUAUGAGGGACAGACAGGUUACACCUGACCCUGAGGUAUGAGAGACAUACAGGUUACACCUGACCCUGAGGUAUGAGAGACAGACAGGUUACACCUGACCCUGAGGUAUGAGAGACAGACAGGUUACACUGACCCUGAGGUAUGAGAGACAGACAGGUUACACCUGACCCUGAUGUAUGAGAGACAGACAGGUUACACCUGACCCUGAGGUAUGAGAGACAGACAGGUUACACCUGACCCUGAGGUAUGAGGGACAGACAGGUUACACCUGACCCUGAGGUAUGAGAGACAUACAGGUUACACCUGACCCUGAGGUAUGAGAGACAGACAGGUUACACCUGACCCUGAGGUAUGAGAGACAGACAGGUUACACCUGACCCUGAGGUAUGAGAGACAGACAGGUUACACCUGACCCUGAGGUAUGAGAGACAGACAGGUUACACCUGACCCUGAGGUAUGAGCGACAGACAGGUUACACCUGACCCUGAGGUAUGAGAGACAGACAGGUUACACCUGACCCUGAGGUAUGAGAGACAGACAGGUUACACCUGAUCCUGAGGUAUGAGAGACAGACAGGUUACACCUGAUCCUGAGGUAUGAGAGACAGACAGGUUACACCUGACCCUGAGGUAUGAGAGACAGGCAGGUUACACUGACCCUGAGGUAUGAGAGACAGACAGGUUACACCUGAUCCUGAGGUAUGAGAGACAGACAGGUUACACCUGACCCUGAGGUAUGAGAGACAUACAGUCACGUCUACCAUAAACACCUCUGAUCAGUCACAGCAAUGGAAUUGAAUCAGACAGGUUUCGUACGUCAAUAUGAUUAUAAUUAUCUUCAUAUGCCAUGCCUUUGGUAAGGUGGCAGGUAGCCUAGCGGUUAGAGCGCUGUGCCAGUAACCCGAAAGGUCGCUAGUUCGAAUCCCCGAGCCGACAAGGUAGAACAAAAUCUAUGUGCCCUUGAGCAAGGCACUUAACCCUAAUUGCUCCAGGGUUGCUGUUGUAUCGGGUGUAUCCUGCUUGCUGCCAAUGUUCACUAAUCUUGUUUAAUUCUUUAGUUAUCAAUGGCUGACCCUGGCCGUGACCCCACUCUCUGAGGGUGUCUCAGGGGGAGGUGGGAUAUGCAACAACAACAAAAACAUUUCCAAUUCACACAUGCGUUUAAUACAAACUUGUACAUGUGUGAAAUAGGACAAAUAUAAGCACCUAAAUUAUUAUUAUAACAGACAAGAGGAUGCUUAAAUGUAUGGAUCCAUAGUCAUGUAAAUGUAAGGCCUAUAAAUUUUUCAGAUAGAUAUUUUGAUCUGUCAUAUAGUUUGAUCGUUGCUGCUGUUUGUCCAUUGACUGUAGAUUGUGAUGCUGGGGGAUGCAGUUGACAGCCCUAUUGAUGUGUGUUAUUGAUGAACAGAUCAGCAGAGAACAAGCAGGUGGGGAACAUUACCAUCAUCGCCUGGCAGAUAGAGGAGAAGAGGGACCAGAGGACACUGCCUGUUGCCAGGUUACCAGACACCAUCAACGGCAGGGUGAGCUUCCGAGACGUCCACCGGAUCCCUACCGCAGACACCAAAUGUCAGACACCUGUGACCUGUGAGACCGUGGCCAGGGUUAGGGGGGUGUGUGUGUGUGUGUGUGUGUGUGUGUGUGUGUGUGUGUGUGUGUGUGUGUGUGUGUGCAUCCUGCGUGUGUGACUCUUCUAUUCCCGUGUGCCACAGACCGUGCUUCCGGUGGAUGAGAGCCUGACAGAAUCCAUGGGCGUCAGAGCCAAAUAUGCAUCUUUAUGCAAAGAUACCCUGCUGAGAUCAGGUAGGAUGGUACUGCUGGGUCGUUUCCAUUAUCUCAGCCCACUGACACCACCUCUACCAAAGCCCACUAGAAAAGUCUGUUUCCCCACUGAGCCGCUUUGAAAGCAGGCGCCAAUAUUUCAUAAGUGUCACCUGAGACAAAUGCAGUUAGGUAUCAUUCUCAGUAACAUUUCACCUAAUGCGAUUGUCUGUUCUAAAAAUUAUUUUGGCGUCUCUAAAUGAUUUGAGUGGACGUCCAUCCGAUCCAUUCCUCACGGCUGGAUGUUAGCAGGUUUUUACUGAGAAAUGUCAUUAGCUGUGAGAGAUCGUUGCUUUUCUUAGACAUCUGUAUACAAUGGAAUGGGUUAUUGUCCUCUGGGAAGGAAAUACUUUUUCACACGCUCCUCUUACACUUUAAAUCAUCACAGAGACAUAAUAUGACCUUCGAACUAUGCAGGUCCUUUAUAAUGUAAUACUCGACUGUGGAGCCAAAGAAAUUAUUUAGAGAUUGUGUUAGAUGAUGUUGAGCAUUUUUCGGGUGUGUGCACGUGUGUAUGUGCGUGCAUGCAUGUGUGUGUAUGUGCAUGCAUGCGUGUGUGUGUGUGUCUCUUGCAGUGUUUGGAGGCACCAUGUCCAGGAUGUACCGUUUCCCCACCACGGACGGUAACCACCUGCGGGUGCUAGAGCAGAUGGCUGAAAGUGUGUUGUCUCUCAACAUCCCCAGACAGUAUGUCAAACUGCUGCUGGAGGAGGACGCUGUCAGGUACACUACUACACUACACACACACACACACACACACACACACACAUGCACAUUUAUGACCGUGUCCAGAGAUGUUUUAAUUGAGAGUGCAUUAAUAAAAUAUCACUUAAUGCCUAAGUUGCCGAAAUGUGUGUGUGUGUGCUCAGGGUUUGUGAGCUGGAGGAGCUGGGGGAGUUGUCACCAUGCUGGGAGAACCUACGGCGACAGAUAGUCACUCAGUACCAGACCAUCAUCCUCACCUACCAGGAGACUCUCUCUGACCUCACCAACUACAAGGGUUAGUACUGUACACACACACACACACACACACACACCACUACAAGUAACACACUCACUAACUUACUUCAGCCUCAGAUAACUAUGUCUAAGGGGCUUGGUUUGUUGUGGUUUAACAUGAUAAUCCUACUCUGUCUUUCCCUUUUCUCUGGUCUUUCUUCCAGGUCCGUCGUUCAAAGCCAGUAACCUGAAGGCAGAGAGGAAGCUGGAGUUUAUACCCACCAACCUUCAUGUCCAGAGGAUGAGGGUGCAGGAUGAGUCUGGUUUUGGUGAGCUGAGCCCCAUUCCCCGUUUUCCCUCCUGGCUGUUCAUGCAGCUCCCCACUUUGGCCUUAAUAGUUGUAUUAUGUUCCCCCAGACCACACGUAUGACGUGGUGACCAUCGGGGCUCCCGCCGCCCACUGCCAGGGCUUCAAGAACAGCGGCCUACGCAAACAAAUCACCAAGUUCGAGGAGGCCAAGAAACAGUGAGUACAGAACCUCACAAAGAGGUGGAACCCAGGUGGGACUAGUGUAGAACCUUGGUUAGAAUUUUGUAUCGGGCAUAUCCUUCUUGCUGCCAAUGCUCACUAAUCUUAUCACAUUUUUCAGCUAACAACCCUACUGACUGACUGAUUAGCUGGCUGUGUAUAGGCUUGACUUUUUAAGUCUUUGUUUGUUUUUAACUGACACAUUUCUAAUCAAGUGAAUCCUAAGUCUGCUUUUGCUAGAGAAACACCCUUGUACCUCACCCCAUCCCUUUUAAAAAUGGUAUUGGAAAGUUUAACUAUAUCUAAAUAUGUUUACAGUGUCUUAACAGGUUUAACCAUAAAGCAGAAUGGAUAACAGCAUUAAACACAAACCACUGCUUUCGUCUAAACAUUAACGUCAUUAUAUAGUUGAGAAUCACAUCUUGAGAAUGAUAUUAUUUAUGUGGUUAAUGAAUGAUAACCCAGAACAUACUGUCAAAUGCAAUGCCUCAUUUAUCAAAUCCGCGUACGUCUCUUUUCCUUUGUUCUUGUGCCUGUGCUACUGCAUGGUCUGUAUUUUGAUGGCCGACUUUCUAUCUGUUUGUGUUGUCAUUUUCUCAUUGUACACUACAUGAUAUGCUGCUUUUAGCCUUGGCAUUUCCCUAUGAUUAUAUUAUAUAUUUCUAAGAUGAUUUUCCGUUUUCUGGCUUUUUAAUUUUUCCAAUUGCAUCUUUAUUUUCUAAUCAGCGUUUAUGAGGAAGAAUGGUGAGUUCCUGUGUAUUCAGAUUAUUUUCUUUAGUCGUUUUAUUCUCCCCACUAUUUGUUUGGUUCUUUCUGCAUGGAAAUAAUUGUUUGUUUGCUGUCACUGAGUUUGUUGUUUAGCUGUAAGGCUGUGUCACCUGCCUGUGUUUCACCACUGUUAGUAUGCGUCCACAAUGGGCGUCUGUGAGUACCAUUGUAAGCUACUGUAUAUUGAUAGAGGGUGAUCUACAGUAGAGUGCUUGCUAUGGGUUUUCAGAGCCAUAGAACCACAGAGUUUGACAGAUCCAUAACAAUAGCAUUGUACAUUCUACAUCUUAAACAGAGUCUGCUGUGGUUCUAUGGUGUCUAGAUAGUGUUGUCUGUGUUCCAGGUGAGGAACAGGCUUGUGCAUGCAGAUGUGGAUGCUCAGCUCAGUCCCCGACCUGCAGAGUAGAAUAUUCUAACAGAGUUGAAUUAUUCAGAUAUGUAUAUAAUGCAGCUACCUGUGUAAUCUGUCAAGCAGUGUGAGAGAACGUUGCAGAAGUACAAUCUCCUUCAGUUCCCAGAAUGCAGUGCCCAUUCAGUCUCACUUUCCUGUGUGUGCUCUUACCAUCUUUGUCUACACGUGUGUGUCUUUAGUGUGUGUGUGUGUGUGUGUGUGUGUGUGUGUGUGUCUGUAUUUACUGUAUGUGUGUGUCUAUGUCUGUGUGUCUCGGUAAAUGCUGUGUUCUCUUAACACCCCACCCUGUCCGUCCCUGCAGCAGUGCCCUGUCCAGCUGCCAGUCCAUAGUGUACAUCCCCCAGGACAUCGUCCGGGCCAAGGAGAUCAUCUCCCACAUCAACACCCUGAAGACCCAGGUCAGCUACUACGCUGAGAGGCUGUCCCGCGCCGCCAAGGACCGCUCUGCCAACGGUCUGGAGAGGACCCUUACCAUCCUGGCUGAUAAGGUGAGGGAGAGUCUCUAGUCUGGUACCAGGUCUGUUGGUGAGGGAGAGCCUCUAGCCUGGUACCAGGUCUGUUGGUGAGGGAGAGUCUCUAGCCUGGUACCAGGUCUGUUGGUGAGGGAGAGUCCCUAGUCUGGUACCAGGUCUGUUGGUGAGGGAGAGUCUCUAGUCUGGUACCAGGUCUGUUGGUGAGGGAGAGUCUCUAGUCUGGUACCAGGUCUGUUGGUGAGGGAGAGUCUCUAGUCUGGUACCAGGUCUGUUGCUGAGGGAGAGUCUCUAGCCUGGUACCAGGUCUGUUGCUGAGGGAGAGUCCCUAGCCUGGUACCAGGUAUGUUGGUGAGGGAGAGUCUCUAGCCUGGUACCAGGUCUGUUGGUGAGGGAGAGUCCCUAGCCUGGUACCAGGUAUGUUGGUGAGGGAGAGUCUCUAGUCUGGUACCAGGUCUGUUGGUGAGGGAGAGCCUCUAGCCUGGUACCAGGUAUGUUGGUGAGGGAGAGCCUCUAGCCUGGUACCAGGUCUGUUGGUGAGGGAGAGCCUCUAGCCUGGUACCAGGUCUGUUGGUGAGGGAGAGGCUCUAGUCUGGUACCAGGUCUGUUGGUGAGGGAGAGCCUCUAGCCUGGUACCAGGUCUAUUGGUGAGGGAGAGUCUCUAGUCUGGUACCAGGUCUGUUGCUGAGGGAGAGUCUCUAGCCUGGUACCAGGUCUGUUGGUGAGGGAGAGCCUCUAGCCUGGUACCAGGUCUGUUGGUGAGGGAGAGUCUCUAGCCUGGUACCAGGUCUGUUGGUGAGGGAGAGUCUCUAGCCUGGUACCAGGUCUGUUGGUGAGGGAGAGUCUCUAGCCUGGUACCAGGUCUGUUGGUGAGGGAGAGUCUCUAGCCUGGUACCAGGUCUGUUGGUGAGGGAGAGUCUCUAGCCUGGUACCAGGUCUGUUGGUGAGGGAGAGUCUCUAGCCUGGUACCAGGUCUGUUGGUGCUAUUUUGCCGACGUUUGUGCAGUGUGUAUUUUGUCUUCAGUUAUCAACACAGAGAUCAAUAGAUUAUUUGACCAAUUUAAUUUGUCAUCAUGUGGACGGAAGACAAUACAGAACGGCCUCUCUUGCUUGGCUCAAUUCCCGCUGUGUGGUUCCUAUGACCUUUACCCUCAGACUCGCCAGCUGGUGACGGAGUGCGACUGCAAGCUGCUGGCCUCAGCCAUCCAGGCACUGAACGCUGCGCGCCCCGAGUACAUCGCCUCCAAGGCAUCUCCCACCGCCGACGCCGCCGAUCAAGUAGUCCUGCGCAACGACCAGGACACGCUGCUGGCCAAGUGGAGCGUAUGCAACAGCCGCUCCUCGCUGCACGACGACUGGCACGAGGAGGAGUGGGUAAGGCAAGGGGUCACCAGGGCUCAGGGGUUCACAGGUCAACUCCAGUUUAGCCUUCGUAGUUUAGGAGCACUUAAAUACAGUUACAGUAUGUAAGGAAGAAAGCAGUGUGUUUACUGAGGGAUUUGUUGUGAUUGAUGUGGGGUGUGGUUUAGUAUGUUGGUCCAUCAGAUGUCUUGACUGAAACGAUAUCUUUUGUUUAUUCUCUUCUCUUCUCUCCUCCCCCCAUCUCCUCUCUUCCACUCUUCUAUCAUUUCUUCACUGUUCUUCUCUUUUCUUGUCCUCCUCCCCUCUGCACUCCCUCUCCCCAGGAGAAGGUGUGGCUAAACGUAGACAAGAGUCUGGAGUGCAUCAUCCAGCGGGUGGACAAGCUCCUUCAGAAGGACCGUCUGCCUAACGACAGCAGCAAGGGGGACACUACCCCAGGCGACCAGCAGGGCGGCAGCAGUAAGAAAGGUAACCAGAGUACCAGGGCAUUCUGGAUCAACCCCGACUGCAUGACCCAGGAGGAGCCUUCAUCACCACCAUCACCACCAUCCUCACCAUCAUCAUCCUCCCUCCUGCCUGCUCUCACCCUGAGUCUGACUCAUGCAUGCCCACCCAGCCCUGACAAAAACCCAUGUAGGUUUCUUUCCUUCUUUACCUUUCUUUCUUUCACUUCACUUCACUUGCUUUUUUGCUUUGUCAUGCACAUUGUCCUAUCAUCCCACUGCUAUCAUAUUCAUCAUAUCUCAACUUAUUAGAAUGGGCCUAACUUGUUUUUGUGCAAUAUUUUUUCUUAGACAUUCUGAAGAUGUAUAUUUCCUAUUUGUGAAUGGUUCAGUUUGCUCUGUGUUAGGUAGGUCUGUCAGUGUUCAUGUUGUAUUCUGGGGGCCAGCCAAAGUCCCAUUGCUGUGGCCUUCUAUGUGCCAGCUCAGCUCAGCCUAUGUACUGUAGCCAGCUAGCUUAUUAUGUGCUUAUUGUACUGUACUGUGUGUGCUAUCUGCCAUGUUGCUGAUGGCAUGUGGCACCUCCACCCCUUCCAGAUGGCAGCCCCAGUGGCGAGGAGGCUUUCCCAGGUAAGAGCUCUGUCCUCUCCCCUGCUUCUGUCCCCUGUCUCUCUGACUGCUUCUAGCUGCAGCCCAGCUCAGUGCUACGGCUUCUUCUAGCUCUAUAUAUCACAGUCUGUAUGACAUCUCUGUUUGUUUCUAGUACCUUAUCAGAGAUGAAGGACAUCAAGUCAAAUGUGUUGUCACAUGUUAUUCUCAUAUUAUAUGAAGGAGUUACAGCAGCAGUUUAAGGGUCUCUUAGGAUGAUUUAAAUGCAGAAGGGUACAUAGUUUAUGGUGUGUGUGUGUGACUGUUUUUGUUUGUGUGUGUGUGUGUGUGUGUGUGUGUCUGCCCCAGGGGAGUGGAGCGAGGCGCUGUACCCUCUCCUCACCACGCUGACAGAGUGUGUGGCUAUGAUGAGUGACAAGGCUAAGAAGUCCAUGGUGUUCCUAUUGAUGCAGGACAGCGCUCCUACCAUCGCCAUGGACCUCUCCCUGCAGUAUAGACGAGACGUGGUCUUCUGCCAGACGGUCAGCACAGUACACAUACAGUGGGGAAAAAAAGUAUUUAGUCAGCCACCAAUUGUGCAAGUUCUCCCACUUAAAAAGAUGAGAGGCCUGUAAUUUUCAUCAUAGGUACACGUCAACUAUGACAGACAAAAUGAGAAAAAUAAAUCCAGAAAAUCACAUUGUAGGAUUUUUAAUGAAUUUAUUUGCAAAUUAUGGUGGAAAAUAAGUAUUUGGUCAAUAACAAAAGUUUCUCAAUACUUUGUUAUAUACCCUUUGUUGGCAAUGACACAGGUCAAACGUUUUCUGUAAGUCUUCACAAGGUUUUCACACACUGCUGCUGGUAUUUUGGCCCAUUCCUCCAUGCAGAUCUCCUCUAGAGCAGUGAUGUUUUGGGGCUGUCGCUGGGCAACACGGACUUUCAACUCCCUCCAAAGAUUUUCUAUGGGGUUGAGAUCUGGAGACUGGCUAGGCCACUCCAGGACCUUGAAAUGUUUCUUACGAAGCCACUCCUUCGUUGCCCGGGCGGUGUGUUUGGGAUCAUUGUCAUGCUGAAAGACCCAGCCACGUUUCAUCUUCAAUGCCCUUGCUGAUGGAAGGAGGUUUUAACUCAAAAUCUCACGAUACAUGGCCCCAUUCAUUCUUUCCUUUACAUGGAUCAGUUGUCCUAGUCCCUUUGCAGAAAAACAGCCCCAAUGCAUGAUGUUUCCACCCCCAUGCUUCACAGUAGGUAUGGUGUUCUUUGGAUGCAACUCAGCAUUCUUUGUCCUCCAAACACGACGAGUUGAGUGAGUUUUUACCAAAAAGUUAUAUUUUGGUUUCAUCUGACCAUAUGACAUUCUCCCAAUCCUCUUCUGGAUCAUCCAAAUGCACUCUAGCAAACUUCAGACGGGCCUGGACAUGUACUAGCUUAAGCAGGGGGACACAUCUGGCACUGCAGGAUUUGAGUCCCUGGUGGCGUAGUGUGUUACUGAUGGUAGGCUUUGUUACUUUGGUCCCAGCUCUCUGCAGGUCAUUCACUAGGUCCCCCCGUGUGGUUCUGGGAUUUUUGCUCACCGUUCUUGUGAUCAUUUUGACCCCACGGGGUGAGAUCUUGCGUGGAGCCCCAGAUCGAGGGAGAUUAUCAGUGGUCUUGUAUGUCUUCCAUUUCCUAAUAAUUGCUCCCACAGUUGAUUUAUUCAAACCAAGCUGCUUACCAAUUGCAGAUUCAGUCUUCCCAGCCUGGUGCAGGUCUACAAUUUUGUUUCUGGUGUCCUUUGACAGCUCUUUGGUCUUGGCCAUAGUGGAGUUUGGAGUGUGACUGUUUGAGGUUGUGGACAGGUGUCUUUUAUACUGAUAACAAGUUCAAACAGGUGCCAUUAAUACAGGUAACGAGUGGAGGACAGAGGAGCCUCUUAAAGAAUAAGUUACAGGUCUGUGAGAGCCAGAAAUCUUGCUUGUUUGUAGGUGACCAAAUAUUUAUUUUCCACCAUAAUUUGCAAAUAAAUUCAUUAAAAAUCCUACAAUGUGAUUUUCUGGAUUUUUUUUUCUCCAUUUGUCUGUCAUAGUUGACGUGUACCUAUGAUGAAAAUUACAGGCCUCUCUCAUCUUUUUAAGUGGGAGAACUUGCACAAUUGGUGGCUGACUAAAUACUUUUUUCCCCCACUGUACUGACCUGUGUACACACACACACACACACACACACACAUACAAGUAGUGAGGUAGAAUAAUGUGUGUAAAUAAAAAUGUAUGUGACGUUAAAGUGAAUGUUGAGUGUUAAUAUACACGGAGUAUACCAAAAUUAGGAACUUCCUAAUAUUGAAGGGUACAUAGUUUAUGCAUGGACUCUACAUGGUGUCAAAAGUGUUCCACAGGGAUGCUGGCCCAUGUUGACUCCAAUGCUUCCCACAGUUCUCAAGUUGGCUGGAUGUCCUUUGGGCGGUGGACCAUUCUUGAUACACACGGGAAACUGUUGAGCGUGAAAACCCAGCAGCGUUGCAGUUCUUGACACAAACCAGUGCGCCUGGCACCUACUAGCUUACCCCGUUCAAAGGCACUGGAAUAUUUUGUCUUGCCCAUUCACUCUCUGAAUGGCACACAUACACAAUCCAUGUCUGAAUUGUCUCAAGGCUUAAAAAUCCUUCUUUAACCUGUCUCCUCCCCUUCAUCUACACUGAUUUGAAGUGGAUUUAACAAGUGACAUCAAUAAGGGAUCAUAGCUUUCACCUGGAUUCACCUGGUCAGUGUCAUGGAAAGAGCAGGUGUUCCUAAUGUUUUGUAUACUCAGUGUUAAUGUUAAUAUCUGUCUCCAGCUCACUGCUCUCAUCUGUGGCUUCAUCAUCAAGCUGAGGAACUGUCUCCGUGACGAUGGCUUCCUAAGGCAGCUCUACACCAUCGGCCUGCUGGCCCAGUUUGAGUCUCUGCUCAGCACCUAUGGUAAAGUACACAUACUCUCCUCUCUCUCGCUCUCUCACUCACUCACUCACUCACUCACUCACUCACACAAUUUGACGUUGUGUAUCCAG